GCGACUCUCUGGCACGUGUCAGCGGCCUCGGGGGCUAUUUGUCUUACACGUCAUUCCGUUAUCUGCGAGAAGAUCGGACGGCGAUGGCGACGCCGAAGGUUCGGAAAUCGACGGCCGUGGCGGAUGACACAGAUGUGACUGUGCCACUCCAGGCGGUAGUGGUCGUUGAUAGCUUCGAUCCCAACUUCCGGCCCGUCUCUCUUGAGAAACCCAGUGCUUUGUUCCCCUUGGUCAACAUUCCCUUGAUUAAUUACACUCUGGAAUGGCUGCAAUCAGCCGGGGUGGAGGAUGUGUUUGUCCUGAUCUGCUGCUCCCAAUCCAAGCAAGUGCUGAGCCAUCUCGAAUCGUUAACAGCGAGACGAACCGACAGGAGCGACUUCAACGCCAGCAGCAGCUAUAAACUUUUGCAACGAGGAAGAAUCAAUGCCUGCGCCGGCCGCGGCGGCGGCGGCGGCGGCGAGAACAACUUUAAAGUCACACCUGUCGUUGCCCAGAACUGCACGACAAUGGGUGACGCUCUGCGAUUCAUCGACGGCAAGGGUGUCAUUCGUGGGGAUUUCAUCCUUGUCCGGGGGCAUACGAUCGGCAAUUUCUCUCUGGCGGAUGCUCUGGAAGAGCACAGGUGCAGAAGGAAGAAAGCUAAGCAGGCGGUGAUGACGAUGCUGUUCCGGCGGUGCAAGUCGUUGGAAACGACACGUCAGACUCGUUUUGGCGGGAACGAGUUGCUUGUGGUAAUCGAUUCGACGAGCAAGCAGCUGUUGGUCUAUGACGACGGCAGCAAGUGGCCGGCGGUGGCGGGGAGGCUUCCGAAGCUGUCCCCGGGGCAAAUGGGCCGGAAUCAUGUUCGGCAAGCCGGCUCCGAGUCGUCCGCCGCGGCUGGGAGAGCAGCGCGAUGCACCCGACUAGAUAGCGGCGACCUCAAGCGGCGCACGGCCGUCCAGCUCCGCAUGGACCUCGUUGAUUGCUUCAUCGACAUAUGCGCGCCGGAGGUGCUCUCUCUCUUCACCGACAAUUUCGAUUAUCAGACGCUGAGGAAGGAUUUCGUCAAAGGAUUGUUGUCGGACGACAUAACGGGAAACGAGAUCCACAUUCACGAGUUGCCAGAGGACAGCUAUGGUGCAAGAGUUGACACGUGGCGCGCUUAUGACGCGGUUAGCAAAGAUGUCAUCCGGGGAUGGGCGCAUCCGUUUCGCCCGCCGCCGCCGCCGCCGCCGCUCGACACACGGCAUGGACCCAUCGUCUGCUCGUCGGCGGGUGACACGUGGGCGGCAAGCCCUCCUGACGACGACCAGGGACGCCGCCGUCACCGCCACGUGUCGGUUGCAGCCUCUGCCGUUGUUGGCGCCAACGUCGUUCUUGGCGAUGGCUGCUCGAUCGGUGAAGGGACCGUGAUCUGGAACUCGGUUCUCGGACCAGAAUGUCGGAUCGGUUGUAAUGUGAAGAUCAGCGGUAGUUAUUUGUGGCAUGGGGCGACAGUGGGCGACAACGUCGAAGUCGCGCAGGCAGUUUUGUGCGAUCAUGUUGUUGUCAUGAACAACGUGCGCAUCCAGCCCGGUGCUGUGAUUUCCUCCAACGUGGCAAUCGGUGCAGGGCACACGGUGUCUCGCUAUUCCCGUAUUUCUCUCAAACCGCCACGGGAGAAGAAGGGUGAGAAGGAGGGCGAUGGUGAGGAGGGGGAGGAGGAGGAGGAUGAAGACGAGGACGACGAGCAGUUUUCGUGUCUUACGUCUCGUGGUACACCGCCGGGGACGCCGAUCGCAGCUGGAAGCGGCGGCGGCGGCGGCGGCGGAGUAGCUCGACCUGAAGCAAUCGAGCAUGCCGCGUGCCGUGGCUCCGAUGACGAGGGCGGGAAGCGGGAACACGUUGACGAGAGAGCAUGGAGGGGGGAAGAGGUUGGCCAAGGGGGCAAGGGUUUUCUAUGGCGCUGGCCUAAACAGGACGCUGAUGACGAAUGGCGGCUUUCAAUAGGUGCUAUUCCGGAGGAGAAAAAGCGGGAAAUGGCCACGUUAGUGCGGAGUGAAGCUGACGUGGAACGGUUGGAGGACGAUUCUUGGUUCUCUUCCGCGAAGAAACCGAUCACGGGUGCCAUCGAUUCCCAGCAGCAGAGAGCUCGCAGCAACAAGAAGCUGGAUGGCGCGAACGCGGAGGAGGAGGGCGAUGAGGAUGAGGAACGGGAGGAGGAGGAGGAGGAGGAGGAAGAAGAUGACGAGGAUGGAGGGAGAGAAUUCGAAAGGGAGGUGAUCGAGACAGUCAAACGGAUUGUGUCAGAGGGAGUAAAAAUCGAAGACGCGAAUCUUGAAAUAAUGGCUUUGAAAUUGGCAUAUAAUAAAGAAUUUGCCGACUGUGCAGGCGGAGUGCUGAAGGCUAUGCUUGAGGCGGCGUUGUCUAAUAAGCCGUAUUCGAAGCCGGCGGAGCUGUUUGUGUCGUUGAAGAAGAUGGUGCAGAAGUUGAGUCCUCUGAUGAAAAAGUUCCUUAAGGACGCUGACGAUGAAGUGGAAAUGCUCCUGGCGCUGGAAGAGGUAUGUAUGGACGGACCUCCUGGGACAACACGUGGAGGGCUGCGAUCAUUCGGUCCGAUCUUCGUGAAUGUCUUGGAACUCCUGUAUAAUACAGGGCUUGUGAGAGAGGAGAGCAUUCUUACAUGGGAAGAGGAGAAGAAGGGAGCCGUCGAAUCAGAUAGGGUUUUUGUCAAACAGUGUGAAACGUUCCUGAAGUGGCUGAGGGAGGCAGACGAGGAGGAAGACGAGGAGGAAGGAGAUGACUGAUCGACGAUGACGAUCGGGGCCACCGACAAGAGAAAUGGCUGAGGGUCUUGCUUGUGUAUAUGACUAAGGGGGGGGGGUUGGGAUUGAGAACGGAGGACAGUGUCAACUAGGAUGAAUGGAGAGAAAGUAGACGUGGCUAGGGUUUUUGUCCAGCACUGUGAAGCGUUUCCUAAUGUGGAUGCAAGAGAAGGCGGCGGCGGAGGAGGAGGAGGGGAAAUGGAGAAGACGACGAAUUAUCAGCAAAAGAGACAGAGUGGUUGUGAGAGAAAAGUGCUCAGGAAGACACGUGUGCAGUCGGUAACGAGGAAGGAGACGACUGAUGGUGAUCGACAGAGCGUCUGAUGGGUAGGAGGAAGUAGACAUUCUUUUAGGGGGAGAGAGAGAGAGAGAGAGAGAUCAUUGCAGUUAAUUGGGAAGAUUAGUUAUGGGAGAUAUAGUCGAAAUGAAGACGGUAACUGGAUGAUCGAUGUUAUUCCCAGAUAGCGUGUUAGGGUUUCUGUGAUGAUCUGGAUCUUAAGACUUGUACACCUGGCACCUGGCAAGGGUAAGGUCGUAUUGCCACGUGGCAAUUGGGAACAUGCAUGUCGGCUUGGAAUUUAUCACAUUCUGUCCUGUAAUGUUCCUUUUCUGCACACGUGUCAUAUCGAUGCACGUUUCACCAACCGUGGAGGAAGAUGGUUGUUUCGUGUACCCAUGAUGGUCAUCCCACAUUGCUUGGGAUACGUUGACACGUGCACACACGACGGGGAACACAAUUUGCUCGGUACUGUCACGUGAUUGGCCGGCUGCUGAGGUUGCAGCGGCUGCUAAACGUGGCGACGGCAUUGUCACACAAUGACGGCGAAAGGACCGGUGAGGGGUGGAGGGGGUGGACGUGAUAAAGAAAGAGAAGAAUUCUUGGGUGUGAAGAUACUGGAGGGCUUUCGCUGUCAAGGGUACUUUUCGACAGCUGUCGUGGCAUGAGGACACCUGUCGUGAUGUCUGGUGCUCGAUUUGAUUUGUACCUGCCGUUUGGCGGCACCGAGGAUGUCAGGCCAUUUGGUAGAGACGUGGUUUGACAUGUUCCUACCGUUUGCUGUGUCGUCCUAUGAACGUGACAGGUUGCCUGGUUUGUGCAUUUCUUUAUCGAUCUAUUUUUGACUGUCUGAAGAUGGAGUUAUGAGUUUCAGCCCGUCUGUGUGUUCUCUGGUUAAUCAGUCCGGUGCGUGGGUGGUUGGCCGUUGGUCGGACUGCGGGUUGCCAAUCGAUUCAGUGGUUGAUUUAUUUAUCAAUUGAUUGACCUAGGAGGUAACGGAUCGAUAGAGGUGGAGGAGUGUUUAAGUGAAAGCAGAAUCCCGCGUGGCAUCCUCUUGCAGCCCCCCUGUGUGUCUGCCAGAGCGAGAGAGAGCGAGACAGAGCGAGAGCGAGCGAGCGAGCGAGAGAGAGAGAGAGAGAGAGAGAGAGAGAGAGAGAGAGAGAGAGAGAGAGAGAGAGAGAGAGAGAGAGAAAGAAAGAGAGGGAGGUUCUGUUUGGCCUGUCAUUGUGAGUGGGUGUGCGUGUGUGGAGCGAGGAGGGUUACAAAGGUUGCGUCCUGUAUGCCUCUGUAUCACAGAAUGGAAAAGAAAGGAAGGAGAGAGAGAGAGGGAGAGGGAGAGUGAGGGGAGCAGAGGACUGGGUUGUAGUCGCAAGGUGUGGGUACGGGGUGGUGGUGGUUUCCAUAGGCUAAAUAGGUCUUUCAGGUGCUUUGCCUGAUCAGGACGGCUCAAUUAUGGUCCUCCUUUUCCUGGCAUUUCCAAAUCGAGCCCUGAGACCUAAAUUUAAUGUAGGACCAAUUAUUGGAACCAGAAGGUAGAGGAAUUUGGGGCCAAGUAUGUGGGAACUAGAAAGGUACGUGGGACAAGUACGUGGGACCUAGACGAUGGAAGUGUCUUGUGGACCAAAGAGUGGAAGUAGAGAAGGUAGAGGUAUGGCGUGCCAUGCCGUGUUCGGAGCUUCAUCAUCCUUAGGCUAAUGUGGCCGUCAUCUGUAGCCUAAUUAGGGGGGCCCCAAAUAGUGGAACUAGGUGGUGGUGGAGGAAUCCGUGACCAAAAUGGUCUGACCUGACGUUAGACGGCCAAGGCUAACGAAAAAACGUUUUGCCAGAAGGUAGAGAGAGCUUUAACCUCUUAAUUCGUUUUGUACCAUGGAAAGAGCAUUGUUUUCACUUUUGAGGCCAUGGCUGUGGAGUUAGCUUGUUGUCGGCCAGGAGAGAGUUUGGGAGGCGAGGAAGAGAGUCGUCUGACAUGUGGUUGGACGGUGAAGAGUCACCGAAGACAGAUGAGAAAGUUUUGCCAAAAGGGGGAGAGCUUCUGUUUUUGCUUUUUUUUUUUCAAUGGAAAGGGAGGAGCUGUAAUCUCUCAUCAUUCGCUUUGUAUUAUGAAAAGAGCAUUGUUUUCACCGGUAAGGGAUCGACUGUGGAUUCGGAUUGUUUCUUCCCAUGAAGAGGGGAAGGUGAGGAAAGGGGAGGUAGGGGGAGUAAAAAAUAGGUGGGGGGAGGGGGGGGGGGGGGGGGGGGGGGGGGGGCGCGGAGGGAACGCGGGAAUUAUUUGAUUCUUUGCAGUCUUUGGGUUCUGCAAAGACCCCUUGCUUGAUUUUCAAUUUGUUGUUUCGUUCUUACAUUAGCAUUACCUGUCAGUGAAACUUGGAACUGUAGUUUCUUUUCGCCGGGCCUGUCUGAACCGCCUCGAUGUCCGACCCUUCGCCUGUUGCGCUCUUGCGGAUGAGAGUGCAUUUGCGAUCCUGCCCAAUCG